AUGAAGAGUUUUAUUGUGUGUUUGGCGAUCUGUGUCCUGGGUGUGGUUCAGGGAGUCAACAUCACGCCGUGUAAACAAGAUGACACAGCUUGCCUAAAAGCCUCAGCUCAGGCAGCAGUCCCAAUAUUGGCAGCCGGUAUACCAAAUAUGGGGAUCUCAGUGAUGGAUCCCAUGCACGUGGACCAGGUGAAGACUGUAGAAGCCGGAUUGGCAAUGGACUUUAGGAAUACCAACGUCAAAGGUUUGAAGAACUGUAAAGUGUUGAUGUUAACUCGUCAUCCUCACCGAACGGACCUGGAUCUAAAGUGCUCUGUAACCAUGGACGGUGACUACACUCUUGGCGGCAAGCUGCUCAUCAUGCCCAUCGAAGGCAGUGGGAAAUAUACCAUUAAAAUUAGAGGCAUUGUUGUUAAGAUCCAGCUCGACGUGGACGAGAAGGCUCGGGACGGUGGAACCUACUGGGUGGUGAAAGAUUGGAAGCAUACCACUACCGUCGAGAAGGGAGUCCAUUUUAAGUUCCGGAAUUUAUUCCAAGGCAAUAAACAAUUGUCGGAUGCAAUCCACGAGUUCGCCAAUCAGAAUUGGAGAGAUAUAUUCCAAGAAGUGGCGCCCCCUAUCGUGAAGGUAAUCGUGGGUAGGAUUGUCUCAGAGACGACUAAAUUAUUUGAUCACGUACCAAUAGAAGAAUUAGUUAUAAGAUAG